UUGCACGCUGACAGCGGCCGCGGUUGAACGCUAUCGGCGUGUCCGCGUUUUCACGGAAGCGCCGCGCUACCGGCGUCGUCGAUCGCUCAUCGCGACACAUUGUCCGUCCGUCACGACGUCACGUUACGUUAACAUUACGUUACGAACGGAGCUUUUCCCUCGCGCCUCGCCGGAAAAGAGUGUACGUAGAUAUCCCCAUCUCGCUGUCCCAUCCCCCGAUCCCUAUCUAUCCCGUAUAUUCGCUCGUGAAUCGCUAUUUUGCUGUUUUUGUCGCCUCUUGUCACUAUCCCGUGUGUUUGUGCGAUUUUGUUGAUCGUCAUUCGUCUCAUCGUCAACGUCUUGUGCCCCAUCAUCACCAUCACCAUCGUUGCCAACAUCACGCUGCGCCCACGCUGCAACGCGACAUGUUCACGAUGGACGGGUGAUGUCGCAGAGCGCAGAGGAUGUCACGUCGCAAGCAGAGCAAUCCCAAGCCGCUGAAACGUAAGUGCAAAAUCAAGUACAACAGUCAGGGAAUUUAGAUUCUAUCGAUAAGAAGGAUGUCUUUAACACCGAAAUCAGUAAGUGUGGAAAAUUGUGUGUCAUUUGUUAAGGCAUUUUCAUCCAUCGCAUCGUUACUAAUUAAGGCUAUUGCAAGAUGCAAUCUUUCCGGGAGGAUGAGGAAUGGAGUGAUUCGGAGAAGACCCCGUCGGUGAGCAGCGGCGUGGACGGUGGCGGAUCCGCGGUGUCGAGUCCAAUCGCACCACCGAUUGAAGAAGACUCGAGUUUACCGCCCCCUCCGAGACUCAACCCCCCAUCAUCCUCGACUAGUUCCUCUGCGAGCGAGGAUAUCAGACUGCGCCUGAGCGUGCUUUCGGAAGAUACUAGGAAGCGUCUGGUCAGUCUCACCGAGGACAUUGAGAUUGCCAGGAGUAUACGAGACCGCCAUGCACCGUCGUCCAGAAGCGCGCGGACACGGGAGUCGAGUCCCAAAGAUGUCGACGAGGAUCAACAGGCUGUUAAGGAGGAUGAAUGCCAGCCGAGGCCGUCGUCCUCCUCAUCAUCGUCCACCGCCAUCAGGAGGCGGGACUCCGUCUGUCGCAGGGACUCGGAAGACUCCGUCACCGCGGUGGCCACCGAGGCCAAGAGGAUGAGACUUGACGACGAGGCAGCACCAAGACUGAGACUCAAUGCUAGUCUGGCGACGGAUCCCGCACUGCGACCCGCCGCUGUCGCCGCGCUUACCGUCAAGCCCGAGAACACGUCACCGCCAAACCAGACGCCGCCGCUUCCAGCCGGGCUUCAGAACGCCAUCGCAUCGGGUCGGCUGUUCGUCCUGCCGACUGAUGGCAAGGAAACGAUCACGGUGGAGCCAGCGAGGCCGCCGCCGACCGCUCUGGUCUGCCCGCCGUGCGGCAUCAGAUUCAGUUCGGCAAGCACUCUCGAGGCCCAUCGUACCUUCUACUGCGCCCAUCGACCGCGCGCGGACGAAGACGCGACGAACGAUGAAGAUGAUGAUGGCAAGUCCGGCGGCAAGUUCGAGGUGCGAAAGGCGUACGCGUGUCCGCAUUGUUCAUACAGCGCUGACAAGAAGGUAUCUCUGAAUCGCCAUAUGCGGAUGCACGCUGCCUCGCCGGCGCCAUCGACGAUACCAACGGCAGUGACGGCGGUAUCGGCGAACCCGAACUCUUCGACGAGCAAUCCUUCCAGUCAGACCACCGCAUCUAAUGGUUCCUUGAACGAGGAGGCCGAAAGAUACUGCAGGAAUUGUGACAUUAGGUUCAGCUCUUUGAAGACGUACAGGGCGCACAAGACACAUUAUUGCAGCACCAGGCACGUGGUGAAAGACGCGUUACCGACGCCCACGGCAACGUCAGCGUCUUCGGUGAAAGCAUCGCCGCCAACCAGCUCGAGUCCCGGUGACUCGCCGCCUCCUCAGCCAUGUCUGGCGCUACCCACUAAUCCCAUUCUUAUCGUACCAUAUUCGUUGUUUCGCGGCGCGAGCGUUCUUGCCGCGCCGGCACUUCCAGCUCCUGACACAGCGUGCUUCCUUCUGCCAAACGGUUCCCUUCAACCAAUGACGAGGGGUCUCGCUCCGGCGACACAAAACGCAGUAGUGGAGCCGCCGGCUGUUCUAAGGGCGGCCAACAAACCCUCGACACCGGCAUCGGUGGUUGUUGCAACCUCCACGUCGCCAUCUGCCUCGGCGCCCCUAGAUCUCAGCGUACGCAGAUCGCCGGUGCACCAAGACGAGAAGGAGAACAGGAUGUCGCCAACGUCAUCGUCCUUGCCGCCACCUCCAGGCAGUCCUAGAUCCAGGGGUAGCGGUAGUCCUAGAACGAGAUCCAUCGGCCCAGCGCAGACAGUAACUGUCGCGCCACCCCCGCCCACGGAGCUCGCCCUGAGACUCGCCGAGCUGCCGCCACCCCCUGUUCCCGGGGUACUCGUCAAACAGGGUGUCUCCAGGUGCAAGGAAUGCAAUAUCGUGUUCUGUAGACACGAGAAUUUUGUCGCUCAUAAGAAGCAUUACUGCCAGGCAAGGGAGACGACGGUGAGCAACAGUCCACCACCCCCUGGCACGCCCCCACCACCCAUCUGUGUCCAACUCAUCUGCGCCGCGUGUGGCAUCAAAUUCGCUUCCAUGGACAAUUUGGUCGCUCACCAGGCAUUUUACUGUCCUAAGAGGCCUGAACCACAGGAGCAUCACACGCGGUGUUCUAAGUGCAAGGUGAUAAUAGAACCCGGCAGCAAUCAUACCUGCGCCAGUGGUACGACUGGUGGUUGGCGAUGUCCGGUUUGCGGUGCCGUCAGCCCCACGGCCGGUGCUGCCCAGCGUCAUAUGGAUGCCCACCAAGGUGUCAAGGCCUUUCGAUGCACGAUCUGCCGUUACAAGGGCAACACUCUACGCGGUAUGAGGACUCAUAUCAGGAUGCAUUUUGAGAAACGCGGCACCGAUCUACAGGAAGAGAAUUACAUAACGUGCGUACUAGAUGACGAGGCGACGCUCCCGACACCGGAGCCUGCGGCCGCCACGACGCCGGAGGAGAUUCCCGCAGAGAUCCAGGUAAAUGGCAAGACAGAGAUACGGAAGAGCCCGCAACCGCCGCCACCGCCGCCACCACCGCCUCCGUUGGUGCCGGCAAUCGCUAGCAAGGUGAAGCAGGAACGCGAAGACACGCCACCGCCGGAGGAGAGUUUGGAUCCUAGCAAAAGCGGUCCUCGCUAUUGUCGCUCCUGCGACAUCAGCUUCAAUUAUUUAAGCACCUUUAUCGCUCAUAAGAAGUUUUACUGCUCGAGUCACGCCGGUGAAGCGAGUAACAAUAAUAAUAACAACAACAAUAACAAUAAUGCUAGCGGUCAUCCGACACCUCCGCCAACUGGUAGGACCGAGGCGUCGGUGCUGUAAAAUUCCGUGAAAUUUUGUAAUCGCAACAAGAUCAUUUCUCUGCCAUUUGUUUUUCCUCCGAGAAAUAUAAUGUAUGCUUAAAAUAUUUGCCAUAAAAAAUUGAUUCUCUCGAGAAGUGUUAUAAACAAUUUUUUUUGAUGAAACAAAUUUUUGGUUAGAUAAUUAAUAAAGUACAUUAUAUUCUCAAAAAUUAAUUUAGUUUACUUCAAUGUGAAGGUCACAUUUUUGAGGAAAUUUUUAGGAAGAGAAAUGAAACAUGAGAGCUGCGAUGACCGCCAAAACACGGGGACUGUUAAUUGUUGCCAGUUUAUACAUACAAUGAAGGACUAUCGGACUUCUUAAUUGACUGCUACGUUGUGUGAUUUUUGUUGAUCCAGGGAAUCGUUCGUACUUAUUAUAAACCGAAGGUAUCUAUAUGUACAUAUAAUAUAUAUAUAUAUAAAUGCAUAUGCGCAAGAGUGAGCUCGCAGAAAUGGAGGGUGCAAACAGAGCCGUAAUUAGAUAAUUAUAUAUAAAUUAAUAUAUAAUCUACAUAUGUAUACGCGGUAAUGAAAUAAACUUUAACGAUGCAAUUGUAUAAAAAAGCUUUAAUUUUGUUCUCGUAUAAGAAACUAAUGGUGAAUUUGAUUGGAUGUAUAGCGCACUAAUGCACAAAAAUUAUCGUACAUAAAUUUACAAUGGCAUAAGUAACUAAAAAAGUAAAAUAAUUAACUAAACUAUUAUUAUUAUCGUUCAAUAAUAAUAAUAUAUUAACGUAUAUAUUAUUAUAUUAAUUACUUGUGUUUAUAUUGUACAUUUGUGUGCGAUAAUCUUUAUAAUAUUUGAUAUUAUUUUCUAAUCUCCAAAAUAUGUGAAAUAAUAUAUUAACAUAUAUAUCUUAUUACUCUUUUUUAUUCAUUCUACUUUCUCAUUCGCGUGUUUUAUUUUCCAUUUAUUCUUUAUUCGAGAUUUUAUUUAAGAGAUUAAAUGAAUUAUUGUACAAAUAAAUAAAUAAAGAGAGAGAGAGAGAGAGAGAGAGAGAAAUCCAUAUAAAUAUAAAUAUUUAAAAAUGAAGAAUAUAUCAUGUUAAUGAUAUGUAUACGGCUCUGCUUGCAAACAAUUGUCUCAAUGAUUGUCACGUUGAUUCAAUGUCCCGAAGAAAAAAAUAUUAAAGAUACCGAAAAGAAUCGACGAAAUGUCGAAUCCUGUAUAUAUAUAUAUAUAUAUAUAUAUAUAUAAAGAAGUUGACGAAUAGAAAGAAAUGAGCGAGAAAACGCGACCGGGCUCGACGCCAAUACAAUCGAUUGAUCGGUCCGGGCGAAGGUGUGCAAUCUCAUGACUCUCCAAUAAUCUCGUAGCAUUAAUAAUCGACAUUAUAUCUUAAGGACGAAUACGAUGAGUGUAAAAUGUUGUACAGUAGGCAAGUAGAAUAUUAUGGAGCCGUAGUAAGCGAUUCUGAUACGAAUGAUACCAAUCUCAGCUUGUGAAUCUGCUAAGUUACAUUGCGCAAUUAUGACGUACAACAUAUUAUAUAUAUAUAAUUGUUGUUGCGUCUACGUUUACGGAUAAUAAUAAUGCGAAUGCGUCGGUAAAUAUCUAUUAUGUGAGAAAAUUUUAAAUGCAUUUAGCAUCAUGAAUUCAUAGUAAGAAUCCAUUCUUGACGAGAAUAUAUAAAGUUAUCUCAAUAAAAAUUUCCUUGAUAAUUAUUAUUUAUUCGUCCCGAUUUUGAAAAGUUUAAAAUAUAUCAUCAAAUAUUUCGAUUACAAAAAAUGAGUUUAACAACCAAAACCACAAGUAUGAGAUUCUAUCUUUGUUAAUUAAAUAUUCUUAAAAACUUGAUAAAAAAAUAUUGUAUUUUUAAUAAUAGCAGAUAAAUAAAUAACCUCGUCAAAAAGAUUGAUUGAAAAAAAAAAAAUAUAUUUAGAAAAAUCUUAUCAACAGGCCUUGUAAAUAUAUCGCAGUGAAUACAGAUAGACAGUAUGUCGAUUUCAAAAUAAAAUUUUCUCCGUACAUCAUUUGAAUUUCUAUCGACGCACUCGGACUCGAUCAAAAGCAUCGUACGUGUUCGUAAAGUAUCCCUCGUCGCAGGGCGCGUGAAUGUAAAAUAAAUUAGAAUUAAGGCCAGUGUUACGUGUAUACGCAAUGUACUACUCAUAUCAUAUGAUGAACUCGUUAAUUAAAAGACGCCGAUCUGUCUUUUAGCAGCGUUUGCCUGCGCAGCGAAUUUCAUGGCGAGAGAUCUAAAAUAUCGCGACGAAUGUUUUGCAAAGAUAAGUAAUCUCAUCACAUCGUCCGGAGAUUUACUCUUUCUUCCACAUCCCAGAAUUAUUAGACGAUAUACCGAAAUAAUUUUUCUCUUCCCAGCCAUGAAAUAUCUUGUCGAAUGUUACGUUGUUGCCCGGAUCUUUGUACUGCCCGAACUGAUUUCGCAGAUAACGCGAAAUCGUGCAUGUGUACGGAAAAAAAAUUUGUAAAUCCCCAUCUGGUACUUCCAAUAACUUGUUAUAAUAUGCUAUAAAUCUGGUGUAUAUCACAUUACAUGCCAUAUCCACGAUGACAAA